CUAAAUCGAAAUUGUGUUUACUAAAUAACCUAAGCUAAUUAGCGUCCUUAACCUUACAUUGUCGGUGAGUGAAUCUUUUACAGGCGUGAAUAUGUACGGACCUCCAGUGGAUUUAUCUUUUAAAAACAUCCGCUAUUUGGAAGAAACACAUAUAGAAGCACCCCACAGUGGCCUGCGGCUUUUAAAGAAAAAUUCAGAGAAGAAAUACCUAAGCCGCGCCCUGCGUUUCAGUAAUAACAACAUUGUUGGCCUUCAAGACCUCCAGAAGACUGUUAGCCAUUUCCUGGCUGAGCCAUUACAGCUAGGCUGGCUGGACCUUUCAUUCAACAAAAUCACGCAUAUAGACCAUGUUUUGUGUGAGCUGCCUGAGCUGCGUGUGCUGUAUCUUCAUGCUAACAGCAUUUCUGUUCUGUCAGAGGUGGACAAACUAGGAGCGCUGCCACAUUUACACACCAUUACUCUAUAUGGAAAUGAAAUAGAAGCCAAGAAAGCUUACAGGAAUCGUGUCAUUUCUGCUCUGCCACGAUUAAAGAAAAUGGACUUCAGUGCUGUGACAAAACAGGAGCGAGUCAUGGCAAAUAUCUGGCAUCACAGCAACAACCCCAGCAGAAGCAGCAGGGACACCAUCCAGUGA